UUUGCGCCGCUUGAUUUUAGAAACUAUAUCCUCCUAACAUCUUGCACUAGACUUCCUCAUAAUUUAAGCUUUUACCCAUAAAUAAAGAUAAGAAGUCUGAUGUCGACAUAAUUCUACGUAAUACACAAACAAUUACGGUUUCAUCCAGCCAAAUACCUUCACCACCAUACCCAAACCCAAUUUUUCUUAUCUCCAAACCCCCCGCCCAAAAAUAAACAACAGACGCGACACCACGAACACAAUUAUACAAACCCAAAAUGGCAGACACAUCCCAAAAGCCCGAUAAAGCUACCAGUGCGGCACAGGCUCGUCAGGUUAUCGAUGUUUUUCAUGAGAUUUCCACGCUACUUAAUGCAGAGCUCGAUCGCGGAACCUUGAGUAUUUGUAUAAGUCUUAUUGAGAAUGGGAUUAAUCCCGAGGCGCUUGCUACAGUAGUCAGAGAACUCAAAAAAGACGCAGACGAAGUACGAAGACAGAUUGCCGAGGGGGGUGUUCGCAAUGGUGAAUGAAUGUGCAGUUAUCAGGAAGGGGUUUGGGGCAGGGAGCUUAUGCUAUGGAAUUUUCAACAUGCUCUUCUUCUGUGUGCGUUUGAUGGAAGGCGUUUGCGAGGGUAUACCGAGGCGUUACGGGAGAUGCAAUGCAUGAAUCUGGGAGUUUGGUAUAUGGGCGCGGAGGAUUUGUACAGUGGUUUAGGUAUGGCAGUACUUGAUUUCUCGACCAAGAUGGUUUGAUAGCCAGACUUGCAGCCACGAUCCUCAAUGAUGAAGGCUAGACGAAAAGACCGUGGAAACUUCAGUAGAUAGUGGUGAUGCGAUGAAGGUGUUUGAGUGCAUGGUGAGACUAAAGUAAUCUCAGGAAGCUGCAAGUUAUAGGAGGUGAAGUGUAAUCUAGACAUUAAUGGCAAAUGGGCAUCAAGACAAGCUUUGAA